GGGCUUGCAUUGGCGAGGCAAGGCGGGUCCAGAAGAGCGUAGGAGGGAGGGGGGGAAAGUGGGCUCCCGGUUCCAGCCGGAGGGUCUUUUUUGGGGUGUGGGUGUGUGGGUGGAACCGGCCCGGGCUGGGCCAGCUGCGAGAGGAAGGAAUGGGCCCCGGGCGAGUGGCGGCGGCGACGGCGGACUCCUCGGUGGAAGAAUGCUCCGACGCCUCGGGGGGAAGGAGGACCCAACGCCGCCCCCGCCAGGUUUUGCGCCGGGUGGCUUCGCAGGCGGUGACCAGGACCAACCCGCCGCUGGGCAUCCUCUUCACCACGCUCCUGUACUGCGGGGAGCUGGCCUCGGCCUGCGUGGUGACCGCCUCCUACAGCCGCUCCGACGACCAGUUCUGGAUGGUCCUGACGCUGCUCUUGAUGCUGGUCUCCUCCGUCAUGGUGCAGCUCACCCUCAUCUUCGUCAACCGGGACCUGACCAGCGACAAGCCCUUCAUCCUUUUCAUGCACCUGGUGCUUCUGGGGCCUCUCAUCAGAUGUUUGGAGUCCAUAGUGAUGUUCUACCGCCAAGGCCGGGAGGAGGAGCCAUACGUCACCAUCACCCGCAAGAAGCAUCUCCACAGCGACUGCGAGAUCGAGAUUGAGCAGGAAGUGGGACACUUGGUGCGCCGGCUGGCCACGCACCGUAAUGCUUUCAAGCGCAUGGCGGUCAUUCAGGCCUUCCUGGGUUCCACCCCGCAGCUCACCCUACAGCUUUACGUCACUGUAGUAGAGGAGCAGGUCCCGCCCAGCAGAGCUGUCCUGAUGACCAUGUGCUUACUCUCGGUCACGUACGGGGCAUUGGUCUGCAACACCCUGGCCAUCCAGAUCAAGUACGACGACUACAAGAUCCACCUCCACCCGCUGGCCUUUAUCUGCAUCAUUUUGUGGAGGAGUUUGGAGAUCUCAACUCGCGUCACCAUCUUGGUCCUCUUUGGCACCGUCUUCAAAUAUUACGGCUUGGCAGUCGGGGCGGCCAACUUCUUGGUCUUCUUCUUCUUACCAUGGGUCGAGUUUUGGAGAAGUGGGGCCAAGCUGCCCGAGAACGUGGAGAAAAACUUCAGCCGGGUGGGAACUUUGACUGUCCUGAUUUGCAUCACUCUGCUCUAUGGGGGCAUCAACGUCUUCUGUUGGUCAGCUGUCCAGCUCAGGUUGUCCAGGCGAGACUUGAUUGUCAGGUCCCAAAACUGGGGCUGUUUAGCUUUAUUCUACGUGUUCCGGGGACUGGAGAACAGCCUGCUGCUCCUGGUCUGGUACUUCUUCAAGACGGACCUCUAUGAGUACCUCUGCACGCCCAUGCUUGUGUUGCAGCUGCUUGUGGCGUACUGUCUGGCCAUUGUCUUCAUGCUUUCUUUCAUGCAGUACUUGCAUCCCUGCCGCCGCCUCUUCACGCACAACGUCACGGACUUCUUGCAUUGCGUCUGUUGCCGGAAGGAAGACCUUGCCUUCUCCGUCGAUUUAGAACCACCUCAUGAACCCGGUGUGAGGCACAGUGUGGUAUGACAAUCAGCACCCUGAUGAUGAACCCCGUCUGGUUUCAAGUUUCAGCAGUGGUACCUGUUUACUCCACCGUAAGCCUUAAUUUCAUGGUGCUAUGCUAUAAUUUAUCAAUAGGGACGCAGGCCAUCGUGGCGGUGAUGGCUUCUGGAGCAUCAGUGGACUUAUGGUGGGCUGUCAGAAUAUACCCUUUGCCGUUGUUGGUGCAGGACUAGGGCAAUCCGCAGUAGAAGACUUGACACAUAGUGUGAAAGAGGAACUCUAGUUGAUGGGGCAAACCAUCAGUGAAGGAUGGACUUGCUCUUCUAAGGAGCCAGCAGUUUGGCUUUGGAACUGUCUUGAUUAUGCUCAUGUCCAGAAACGGAGCUGAAGGACACUCAGCUGGCUCAGAACGAUUGUAAGAAGAGGGUUUGCAGAAGAGAGGUCAACGGAGACUGUCUCAUAUCUGUUGGAUCUCGCACGGUUGGGUGGAACUUCAGAAUCACUUCUCCGGCCGUUCCUUCUAUUUAUUUGAAAACUUGUGAUGACUUUAUUUGUUUUGUAAUUUGAAGUGCUGGAAAAGAUGUUGCAGUUCAUAGCAACUUGGUCUCAGCAUUUGUUUGGGUUCCUACAGUUCCAUCUAUGGUCAGGGGGUCCGUGCUCACGCUGAAAGCUCAGGAUGAUGAGUGUCCUAAGGGAGCCCCAUUGAUGGAGGAUGAGCUUUGGAUUUCUUGCCUCCAGACCAUCAGAGGUGCCACAGCAGACUGGCCUUCCCAACUGCCCUGGAAGGACCAAGCUAGCAGCCGACUACUACAUUAGGGGCUUUCUUCAAGGGAGAAAGGGCUGAAGUUGAACGUGUUGAGCUUGUGAUGGGAAACUAGACCAUUCCACAUCCAAGUUCUGGUUCUAGGAGGUGAUCAGCUCAUGAUAGUUUGAGCUUUCACCUGGGGAGGUAAGCAUUUCCCAACCACUUGGCUGGACCCCAUGCAAAGAUAUACAGUAGAACCUCUGGUCACAACCAUAAUUUGUUCCAUAACUUUGGUGAUUUCUUCAUCUUCUGUUUCAUC